AGUCCGCUCUCUCGGUCUCCCAGCAACACACUGUAAAUAACUCUGUUUCCCCUGUGAGCCGAGGGAGCAUGAAAGAGAGGAGAGGAAAGGAGAGGAGAAAUGAAUGAAACAUCGGUCUGACCCUGCUUAUUUCGUGAGCUAGCAGAGGGGAACGUUAAGCACAACCUGGACGCAAGAACGCAAGGCUGAAUCACAGAUCAAACAAAGAGCUGAUGGUUGCUGGCUAGCUAAUGGGGCUGUUUGACAAGUUGGCAGGAUGGCUUGGGCUGAAGAAGGAGGUGAAUGUGCUGUGUCUUGGUCUGGACAACAGUGGAAAAACCACCAUCAUCAACCACCUGAAGCCCACUAAUGCCCAGGCACAAGACAUUGUCCCAACUAUCGGCUUCAGCAUAGAGAAGUUCAAGACGUCCAGUCUUUCCUUCACCGUGUUCGACAUGUCUGGUCAAGGUCGAUACAGGAACCUAUGGGAACACUAUUACAAGGAGGGCCAGGCAAUCAUAUUUGUCAUCGACAGUGCGGACAAACUGAGGAUGGUUGUAGCCAAAGAAGAACUGGACACAUUACUAAACCAUCCUGACAUUAAACACAGGAGAAUCCCCAUCCUCUUCUUUGCUAACAAAAUGGAUGUCAGAGAUGCUCUGUCUUCAGUCAAGGUCUCACAGCUGCUGUGUCUGGAGAACAUCAAAGACAAACCCUGGCACAUCUGUGCCACCGACGCUCUGAAAGGAGAGGGUUUACAGGAGGGAGUCGACUGGUUACAAGAGGCUGGCAAAGCUCCAGAAGCUACAGAGGCCCUCAUGGACAAGAAAGUUGUUUUCUUAAUAUGAACUCGUUCACAACAGCGUUGAGUAUUUCUACUAGUUCAAGUGAUGAGAUCAAAUCAAAACAAUGAGAACGUGAGGGCAUGAAGACGGACAGGCGGGAAGUACCGUAACAUCAUCCAUGGAGGUCUUUCAUGAAAGAUGGGUUGAGCCUGUUUUCAGAAGUACAAUGAGAUAGUAGUGUCUUUAAUGUGGUAAUCAGAUGGAUCUUGGAUGUCACUCGAAAAAUGAGAACACGAUUUGAUUCUCUGAUAGUCACGUGUCCACUGACAGGACUAAGUCAAUGCGAAACACACAUUGGCUGAAAAAUUCUUUAAAAAUGGCCCCCAUUUAUCAAUAUCUUCAGCUGAAACUGAGACAAAGUUAUUGAGCUUCUUCAUUUUAGGGAACAUGAAUACCCCAGAUGUCUUGUAGAAAAGACAUAUUGUUGGUAUGUGUCAUAUCUUUUAUGUUGUAGCCCUUAAACUGUCCCGUGUCUAAUAAAUGACAUGCACCACUUUCCUUGAAGAGACGAGAACUCAUGGUUUUUUGCCGUUUGUCCACAGGCUUACAAAUACCAAUCUUAGCUAAACUAUUACUGUCCGUCUCCGUGAUCUUUAUAUAUUCAGAUAAUGUAUCCAAAACAACCUGUAAGGAAGGUUCUUUAGACAUGAUUUCCACUUCUAAAAUAUGCCAAACGCUCCAUUUUCUUAUCUUUGUUUUCCUCCGUCUCUUAGCACUUCUGUAAAUAAACCAUUAUUCAUGUGUGAAGCACCCCAAAAGUUCAUGUACCUCUUCAGUGGAGGCAAAGUUUCUGAUUGACAAAAGCCAAACAUCCAUCUCACUGUCUCAUUAAAAACAACAGUUACUAUUUCUUAACUGCAGCUAAAUACUUCAUGCAGCUCUGCUCGUGUUCGAUGAAUGUUGCUCUUUAGUCAAGUUGAUGUGAAAAUAUGUUUUGCAUAUCGAAGACUGAAUGUUUUCCAGAACCCAGUAGAUUGUCUUGUACAUAUUGUUACUUGCAAGUAAGUGGUCACAUAUCGUUAACCUAGCUGUAACAACUGAGGGAGUGAUAGUCAUAAAGUGAAUGUCAAGUCAAUUAGCCUAAUUAGCUUGCAAAGUUCGCUUUAAAAUCCAAACUUCAAAAGCUUUUUUUUUUUAUCUUUGCCUUAUUUCAUUGAAUGAAAAAAAAAAUGUAGUAAAACAAAUUUUACAAUUUACUAAUGGUACUUCAGUGAUUCAAAGGCAGACAACAACAAAAAAACAAGAACAUCUGCACAACGUAUUUUCAUGCAGCCUUUGAUCCUCUUGUUCGGUCUCUGACUGAAAGCUUGCAUUAAAAACCACUUCUGUACAGAUGAGAGUGUGUGGUCACCUCGAACAAGCUGCACAGUAAGUGAGAGGUGUUUCACUGUGUACGAGAAGUCUCAAGGCAAAAAGGAAUAACUGACAAUGUAUGAUAAAAUAUUUUAAAAUGAUUAUAUUCGCUUUUAUAUAUUUUAAUAUUUCAUAAAUAUCUCAUCUGUGAACUUUAUUUUUCCUAUUCCUACAAGUAUCACAAAUGGCAGAAACUACAAUACAGCCUUGAAACACUGAAUCAAAAAAAUAAUUAUUUUCCCCGAAAAAUAAUACUCGGCGCAGAACUGAAUAUAUACAGAAAGGAUCAGGGUAACAAUAUUUUUAUAAUAGGUGGUUUAGGAUGUUUAGAUUUGUAAGAAUUUCCAACUGGUUAAAUACUGACACAUCUUGAGUGGACCUCUAAAGUCAUGUCUUGUUUAAAAAAAGAUAUUUUUCAUGGGUUAAUAUAUUAACUAGAGGAUGUAUUGCCAGAGUGUGUGCGGUGCAAACAAUUCCUGCUAGGUUUUGUGAAUUUAGUUCUUUAAGUUGUGAAUGAAUGAACAUUUUUACAGAUUUACCAACCAGAGAAAACCUCACAGAUACAUGUCUCAUUAAGUUAAAAAAAAAAAAAAAAAAGGUAAAAUGAUUAAGUACUUGACUGAUUUGGCUUAAAGCAACAUUUUGUACGAUUAGGUUUCCCCCACAGUUUCUGUCAGAUCACUGUCAAGUCUCAGGUCUGUGAUGAUUUGUCGGACAUAAUGUAAGUGCUAACUACAAACAAAACGCAUCACAAUGUUAUGUCCCUUAAACUUGUAUCGUGAACCAAACAUAUUGUACCAUCGGAAUGAUUUUGAAGCAACUUCAUGUCAAUUUGUUUACCUUCAAAUAACAGCUUCAAAAUCAUUGUGAUGGUACAGCGUCUUGUAACAGGGUGAAUGGUGUCUCUGUCUCAGCCCCUCCCCCACUUGUUUCCACACUGUGUGACUUCAGUGAGAGAGUCGGAUCACAGGGUUAUACAUGUUUACUUCAAUAUACGAGUUUAAAACGUAGGACAUUGUUAUGAUGUAAUGAGUUUUGUUUGGAGUUAGCACCUACACUACAUCUGUCCGAUUGUUACAGACCUAGGAUUUGUAUUCAUGACAGUGGUGUUGCACUCAGAACUUGUGGCGGGCGCCAAAUCAUAUGAAAUGCCAAUUUCUGCAUAAUGUUGCUUUAAGAUAAGAAUCGCAAACUGAAAAAUCUGCUUUUGUUUCUGUUGGUAUGUUUUAAAAUUGGGACAUCCUGAAAGUUGAGUGUAAAUGUACUGUAAUUACAUUAUAAAUGUACAUUUCCAGUAAAAGUCUGUUACUUUUAUCCUGCUGCUGUAUAUGUAUUUUUAUAUAAACAUGUCCAAGAAUUUCACUCAGAAUGGCUUUAAGGUUCCCACAUUGUUUUUGUAGAAUUUUGUUGUAACAGUGAGACAUUUCAAAGAGGUGCUUCACUCAACUUUCAUAACCUCCAACCAUCCGAUUUAAUACUUUGAGAACAACAAGAGGGUCCUUGUGAGAUCCUCCAGACGUCUAUUUCAAAGCAAGGAGCCUCCGAGCACCUUUAGCGUCAGACAAGUUGUAGACCCUUUCUUUACACUAUAUCAUUGAACAGGCUGUCUGUACUUUGUUUUUGACAUUGUAUGUGUUUAAAGAAUAAAUGUGAUGGAAAAUGAA